AUGAAGCUGCACCGCAUUCUGUUCGUUUUGGCCGGGGUCACGAAUCUCUAUGAUCCGGUCAAGGCAGCUCCUGAUGCUUUCCCGAUCCGAUCAGGUCAUGCAGCACGCGCAGUCAGCUCUAGACCGCGAGAUGAUGCGAAUGCGAAGGGUGCUACAUGCAGUCCCGGCGAUGCUACGUAUAGCUCCGAGACUAUGCCAGCCGGGAGCUACACAGAUUGGGGCGCCUUAGGGCUGGACAACCUGACGUCCGGAAGGCAGUAUGUCACAAUCGUCAAUCUUACACCCCAUCGCUUCCGACUGGACCGAGCCCACUCCUACCAGAUGGAUACAUUCAACUGGGGAGACAUCCCACCUGGCCGUUCCCGCCAGAGCAUCGCGCACUAUACGACAAGAGUGGGAGCAAACCCGAAAGACACCAACGGAGAAGCAUACUACUCCAUCGAAGGCACGAACAGCCGAUUCAUGAUUCGAGCAACAACCCAUAUCCCUGAUCGCUACCCACGUCGCACAGUCAUUGACCUCAGCGGCAUGGGAUUAGGUCAGCGCGAGUACCUAGACCCAAGGCCGGAGGUGCCUGUUACCUUGGUCAUAACGGGUAGUGCUCAUCAUGGUUUCAUCGCGUCGCUCACUCACGGCCCCGGAAACUGGAUGCGACAGAUUUAUGAGACCAUCAAAGACAGACCGCUGCAACAUAUUGUUAUGCCAGGUACGCACGACUCCGGCAUGAGCACUAUCAGCGGGCAGAUUGUGUCGAUCGGCAGUGAGGAAAACACGCAAACUCAAGGCCUCAACAUUUAUGAUCAGCUUCGUGUUGGCGCGCGAUGGUUUGACCUGCGCAUCAUAAGUGUCCAUCAGUCCAACACGGCCAACUAUGAUUUCUGGGUUGCACAUGUCAAUGACGAGAACGCUGACGUGCCUGUCGGAAACACUGGCGAGAGCCUGGCGGAUAUUGUUAGCGAGAUCAACCGUUUCACCUCGGAGAAUCCUGGAGAGAUUAUAUUCUUCCGUGUCAGAUACCUUGUCGGUCUUCGAAGAGUUCCUCUCGGAGGGCCCAUUCGCUGGAGCAGUGAAAUCAUGAAUAACUUCUUCACCAAACUCAGAGGAAUCAACAACCGCUGCGGUAAUCUCGACACCGGCGUGCAGUUCCAGCACCAGCCAGCAUCAUAUUUCAUGGAUCGCAAUAAUGGUGCGGGCUGUGUGGUCUUCCUCUUGGAUGGAGGCAACCUGCAGGACGGGGUUCCGCGAGCUUCAGUAGCUGAUGGGAUUUAUACAGCCGGACAAAUGGCAGUGCGUGACAACUGGUCGAAUUUACCCACAACACAGCCAAUGGCUGAGAACCAAAUCCAAGUGUGGUCGGGGAUCAAUCGCGUUGAGCCUUUCACCAACGAUGAGUUCCUCAUUAGCCAAUGGCUUGUGUCGGCCGAUGCCAUACAGACAACCGCCCUUACCAUUCAAAAGAUUGCAAUCAUGCCAACCAACCCUUCCCUUUACUGGGCAGGGCUCAAUGGAAUGAAUCCGACUAAAUGGCCAAAUGUGCUGUUGGUCGACUAUAUUGGUGUUGUGAUUCCAGAUCAGUUUGCUUGGAACCAGCUCAGUGCUGAGCUAUAUACCUUGGCUAUUGGUUUGAACCUGUACAUGGUUAGUGAGAACUGCGACGUUAGCACCCAGCGAUCUCCCCUGCUCUCAUCCGUGGCAAUGACAAGCGGUGCGAAGAGGAGAAUUUCCCGGCCUUGGAACGGCAUCAUUUUUGCCAAUGGGUCUAUCAUCGAUACCCCGCCGCGAAACCUCCAUCCUGGGCGUGUCGAGGUGCUGAAGAAUGGCACGGUGUUCAACGACGGUACUAUGCUGGAGGAGGAUAUCCUUAACCCGGACUUUGGCUCUAUAGCCUAG